AUGACUGAGUACGAGGGCUGUUAUGUCUUCACGCCAGAUGAGGCAGACAUUGUCUCCCAACGACCAUGGAAACUAAGGAAGACUGAGCCCGCCAAAGCACCAGCUGAUCAGAAUAGGGAGCUCCCAUUUGCUCCCCUGUUGAAAGGUUUGGAGAAAUUAGAAAGCACGCGCAUUCGAUCUGAGAUGUUCGAGCUUGCUUGGCGCCCCAAGGAAACCCUCCUAAAGCGAAUCCAUGACGACGCCAGUAGUGAGACGGUCAAAGAAGUAGCGUCAUUUGUGAAAAGUGCAGAUCCUGCAGAAUCAAAUGGCAAGCUUCGUACAGGAUUGCUCGUGACUGGACCAGACAACAGUACAACAGUAUCUUUGUUUGAGUCUAUAGCGGAAAUUGCCAAUCUGGAAAGCCGUACAGUCUUGGUGAUCAUGAAUUCUGGGCAGAGUCCUAAUCUGAAGACUGCCUUAAAGUAUAUCAACCAGCGUGCAGCAUCUCGAAAUCUUGACUCCCAAGAUGACGCUAUCUUUGAUGAUGCCAAAGAUGGCCGACGCCUGAAUUACGACCUUCAGAUCCUCAGUGACUAUGUGCAAAGCCACUCAGUCGAUAAGUUGCUACUCUCGUUUCAAGACAGCGAAGCUUUCGAAGGCAAAUGUUUAACAGAUAUCGUCCAUGUGCUCAGCUCAUGGAGCGACCGUAUACCAUUUGUGCUUCUCUUCGGUAUUGCAACGUCUGUUGAGAUUUUCCAAGAAAAACUGUCCAGAGAAGCCAUCAGGUACUUGGAUGGUUCAGCAUUCCACGUUCAACAAGUCGACGUUGAAAAUAUCUUCAAGGCAUUCCAAUCCGAGCAGCCGACCGUGUGGGUAGGUCCAGAAUUGAGCAGAAUGAUACUGCAGCGACAGAAAAAUUACAUGCAGAGUCGCUCUACGUUCGUUAGUUCGCUGAAGUACGCCUACAUGACGCAUUUCUUCGCCAAUCCAUUGAGCAUCUUUCUCAACACAACUCAAUCACUUGCUUCUAGUCAAACAGAGCAUUAUGAGGCUGUGCGAAACCUGCCGUCAUUUCGAAGAUAUGCACAAACUCUCAUUGACCGGAAAGAAUACGAAACACUUAGGACACUACUAGAUGACAACGACAGUCUCGGAGAUCUUGUCGUGCAGGAACUUCAGCCUGGUAAAAAAGCACUCCUAGCCAUUGUUGGGGCAGUAAAUGUGCUCUUUCGAAUACAGACAAGUUUGACCCUCAGAACACAGACCCCAUGGUCAGAGAUGUAUAUUCGAGCCAUGUGUGCCGAAUUGGCCGAAUUCGCAGCUUUCGAGGAGAUCAUGGCCUCUGUAAAAGAGCUGCCUUCAGAUAUCAUGGCAGACCUGCUGGAUGAUUUGGCAGGGAUGUCGGUCCCAUACGAAUUGGCCGAGAUUAUGGUGGAGCUUAACCGAUUGACCGAUCACUUGGAGGGUCCUAAAAUCCCUCUACGAAGUGCAUAUGACGUCCAUCACGAAACUCUCCGCACAACAGUCGUUGCGCAAAAGGUCUCUUUGAGCAAGAAUACCUCGACUCUCUCAAUGCAAGACAGUGCUUAUACGAAGAUCGUUGAUCGCAUCUAUACCACCAUUUUCAGUUACUUUGAAACUACCCUCAUCAACCCUCAAGACUUGCUCCUGAACGAGAUCCUCAUCUUCGAAUCCAAAUCUCCACAUCGAGAGGUCUUCACACCAAAGCCUCGUUUUGCAAUCGAGCGGGCAUUGGGUUCGCCACAUGACUACCUUGGUUGUGAUUGUUGCGGUGGAUCCGAGGGCGGCUUGUCUGCUACACAGCCAGCUACGGCCAUCAUGUAUCAAUUGUAUCUGGAGUCGGGUGCUGUGAUCAAUACGGCUGAUCUUUGGUCCGCAUUCUGGACUAUAGUGGGUGGGGAUGGGAUUGAGGACGAGGAAGCUGAGCAGCAGAGAGCAUUAGUGCUGUUCUCACGAGCAUUGGCUGAGUUGAAGUACUUGGGCAUGAUCAAGAAUAGCAGGAAGAAAGCGGACCAUCUGGCGAAACUCUCUUGGAAAGGCCUUUGA